UGAUAGUAUGACGAAAGAUCCGCCCCUGCUUCAGCCCCCAACAAAACCGCCGGGUCCUCUUUGCAGCCUCCACAGGCAGCAAACCGGACGCCCACGCGUCUUCGAGGUACGAUCGUAUCCGCUACAACCCAUCGUAUUGCGCGCGCAACCCCACGGGGACAAUCGGUCGGUUCCGUCACCCUUCGGUGAACGUUCGGCAGUCUUCGGCCGCGCUCGACCGGCCCGCGACAAAGGAAGACGGAGAACCGCCGGCCGCUCAGUACGGCAGACGCUCUUCUGCGGAGCGCACCACGAGUCGUGUGUAAGUGUAUCACUUCCGUCGUACACGCGCGCAACUGGUGAUCGAUUCGUACUUCCGCCACCGGUCGGCCUUCUCUUCGAACUCUACGGCAUCUGUCAAGGUCACUCGGUGACAGCGAAACAUCGCACAGUCGUGUCAUUCACCAUGAACCACAUAUGAGACAUGAUCGAACUCAUCCGGCGUCGAAUCAACAACACGAGCAUCUUCAACGAUAUCGUUCAAUUUUAAAUUCAUCGAGUCGACAGAUUGAUUCUGCACCAAAACAAAAACCAAUCCUGAUCGAGGGAAAACUUUUCACGAAGUAUAUUCCGGUGGUUCGCGAGCGAUUUUCUCGGCGAUCGGAGAAGCAAUAUUCGAUCAGGCAAACACGAAAUCGCAA